AUGUCGACCUCCAAUUACCUCACCAAGAUCGCCAUCGUUGGCGCUGGCGGCAGAAGCGGCGGGCCAAUGGCUCAAGAGCUCCUCAAGACUGGCAAGCAUACCGUGACCGCACUCACGAGAGCCGACAGUGAAGCCAAACUUCCAGAUGGCAUCAUCGCAAAGAACAUCGACUACGACAAGCCGGAGACGAUUGUGGAAGCGCUCAAGGGAAAGGAUGCAUUGAUCAUCACCCUCAGUGUCACCGCACCUAGAGACACCGAGGAGAAGUUGGUCGACGCAGCCCUUGAAGCCGGCGUAAAGUGGAUCAUUCCAAAUGGAUGGAGUCCUGAUACCCAAGACGAGGGUGUUGUCAAGGAUGUCUUCGUUUUCCAACAUCAAGUCACAACCCGCGAGAAGAUCCAGAAGGAUGGUCGAGCUGCAUUCAUUGGCAUCUGCUGCGGAUUCUGGUAUGAGUGGAGUUUGGCAAUUCCAGUCGCGUUCGGUAUCGACUUGCUCAAGCACGAGGCUACACUCAUCGACGAAGGAGAUGUCAAGAUCUCAGUUUCGACUUGGCCUCAGGUCGGCAAAGCAGUGGCUGGCAUCCUGAGUCUCCCUCUCCAAGGCGAGGGCUCCAAGCAGGGUCUCAACGGUCUCAAGAACAAGGUGGUGUACUGCAACUCGUUCACCAUCAGCCAAAAGGAGAUGUUGGCGUCUGCAUACCGUGUGACUGGCACCAAAGAGAGCGACUGGAAGAUCACGAAGGAGCCAGCGCAGACGCGGUAUACUGAAGGUGUCGAGGCCAUGCAGAAGGGUGAUAGACAAGGCUUCGCGAAGAUGAUGUAUACCCGCAUCUUCUACCCUGAUGGCAACGGCGAUUUCGAGACGCGUCGUGGGACGAUCAACGAGCUGAUCGGGUUGCCGAAGGAGGAGGCUGCGCUUGACAAGUACACCGAGAUCGCAGUGGACCGGGCGAAGAACUCGCCGUAUUCCUAG